AAUUGAACACUCCCUUUUCUCUCUAUAUAUCCCAUUAAAUUUAACACCUGAAAUCAUCAAAAAUUAAUUACAUCAGAGCCCAUUUCCUCUUCGACAAUGGCCUCUUUGACCUCUUUCUUCGUCCUCCUCGUUUUCCUCGUUUCAACCUAUGCAGCUCAGAAAACGACACGUGGCAGCAAUCGCGUCCGUCGGUCCUUCUCCGCCUCCUUCUCCCUCACCGCCUCCUCAUCGACGGCUGGUAUCAACUACAAGUCGGCGGUCAAUUAUUCGACGACGGCGCUGAUCGUCUCCCUUCCCAUAGGGACGCCCCCACAGGAACAAAAGAUGGUUCUGGACACUGGGAGCCAGCUGUCAUGGGUGACGUGCAACCAGAAACCCCCGACGACGUCGUUUGACACCUCCCUCUCUUCUUCCUUCUCCGUUCUCCCCUGUGAGCACGCGAUCUGUAAGCCGAGAGUUCCCGAUUUUACCCUCCCCACCACCUGCGACCCCCACAAGAUUUGCCACUACUCUUACUUCUUCGCCGACGGGACUCUCGCGGAGGGUAAUCUCGUCAAGGAGAGAGUUUCGCUUUCCGAUUCCCGAACUACCCCUCCUCUGAUCCUCGGGUGCGCGGCGUCGGAGACCUCCGCCGCCGGCCAGUCCGAGGGCAUUUUGGGAAUGAAUCGCGGCCGCCUGUCUUUCGCUUCCCAGGCUAAGGUGAGGAAGUUUUCUUACUGCGUUCCCGGUCGGCGGACGGUUCCCGCCGCCGGAACGUUAUACCUCGGGACCAACCCGAAUUCUCGUACCUUCCAGUACGUGAACCUCUUGUCGUUCCCGGAGCCCCAAGGCAUGCCGAAUCUCGACCCGCUGGCUUACACCGUCGCGCUGUCGGGGAUCAGAAUCGGCGGGAAGAAGCUGAACAUCUCGGCGAGCGUGUUCCGGCCGAACGCCGGCGGGUCCGGGCAGACGAUCAUCGAUUCCGGGACGGAGUACACGUUUCUGGUGGACACCGCGUACGACGCCGUCAGGGGAGAGAUAUUACGCCGCGCUGGAGCUAAGUUAAAGAAAGGUUACGUCUACCAAGAGUCCAUGGACAUGUGCUUCGCCGGCAACCGGACGGAGAUCGAGCAGUUGAUCGGAGACAUGGUCUUCCGGUUCGACAACGGAGUGGAGAUCGUGAUCGGGAAAGACAGGACACUGGAAGGCGUCGGAGGCGGGAUUCUCUGCGUCGGGAUCGGACGGUCGGAGGUGCUCGGAGUGACCAGUAAUAUAAUCGGGAACUUCCAUCAGCAAAACCUUUGGGUGGAAUUUGAUUUGGCGGGUCAAAGGGUCGGGUUUGGAAAGGCGGACUGUAGCAGGGGAGGGUAAAAUCGUAAAGGUAAAAAAUGGAUUUUUUUUCUCAGGUGAAAGUAACAGUUUCUGUGAUGAGUGGGACUGUUAAAUUUGACUGUCAGUGAAUAGAAGGAUUCCACAUUGUUAUGUCGUUUUUUUACGGUCUUGUGCAAUAGUAAUUUUGUCAUUUAUUGUAAUAAAAAAUUGUGUGGGUU